AGCUGGAGCGCCGUCUGAUGCUGCAGGAACAGGACUCGGUGAUCGUUCGGAACAUGAAGUCUGAGGUGUCUCGAGUCCCAGACUUGGAGCGGGAACUGAAACGCCUGCGUGAAGAGAACGCCUUCCUCAGAGAGACUCGUGAGAACAGUAGUCUUUUAAAGGAGGAGGUGGAGGGACUGAGGAAGAAGGUGGAACGCCUGGAGCAGGCCAGAGAGGACCUGCUUAAUAUGGAGCUCCAGAGAGAGAAACUUGUGGCAAACCUUCAGGCCUGGGAGAAUCUUGGGCAGAACACUGGCCUCAACAUCAGGAAACCUGAGGAUCUCUCCAGAGAAGUGAUUGACAUUCAGCAGAGAGAAAUCAACUUCAAACAACAGAACUACACUUUGACCAGCAGUUCAGGACAGAAUAGUGACUUUUACAAGAAAGAGAUUGAACAGAACAGAAGGUGUCUGGGCAGGAACCGAGUGAAGUCAUCCAUUUGCCUCGAGAGCUAUAUAAAGCACAGUGAACAGUACCAGGACCAUGACCCCAUCAUGCAGGGCUGUCUCCCUAGCAACCCCUGGAUCACAGACGACUCCCAGUACUGGAGCAUGAACUCUGACAUGGUUGCCAUGCCGACGAGGCUCCGUGUGGAGCGCUGGGGGUUCAGUUUCAUGGAGCUCUUGAACGACCCAAUGGGGCUCAGAGAACUGAUGACCUACCUGGAGAAGGAGUUCAGUGCGGAGAACUUGUGUUUCUGGCAGGCGUGUGAAGAUGUGAGGCACGGAGAGACCUCGAAGAUUAACAGCAAAGUGGACGAAGUGUACAAGCAGUUCCUGGCCCCCGGGGCGAGCCGGUGGGUGAACAUUGACAGCAAGACGAUGGAGAAAACUCUGAUCGGCAUCAAACGGGCCCACCGCUUCGUGCUGGACGACGCCCAGCUCCACAUCUACUUCCUUAUGAAGAAGGACUCCUACCCUCGAUACCUGAAGUCUGAUCUGUAUAAGAAUCUGCUGGCCAAAGCCAUCGUCCCACAGGAGACUAAGAAGAGUGUUUUUCCCUUCAUGCGCCGUCAGCGUCAUUCGAGCCCCUCCCCCGCUAUGGUGAGCCACGCUGGAGACGACGACGGAAAGGAAAAAGCCCCCGGGGUGCAGCAGCAGUCACAGGCUUAACACACACACACACACACACACACUCACGCACACACAC